GUCUGAAUGAACAUCUGUUCUCACGAGCGUUAAAUUGUCGCGAUGUAAAAGAGCGCGCGUUGAAACGAACGCGCGUCGAUAGUGUGAACUGUUUUAUUUAUAUCAAUGUAAUGUUAGACGUGGAUUUAUUCGCAGCGCAACAAUUUAACGACCAAGUGUACUGGCAGAUGUUUACCAACAGCUUACCAUAACCAUAAACAAAACGUGGAAGCGCACAAUAUUAUUGGAGACGUAUGGCAACAGGGCAAUAAUGUAUGUUCCAUUGGCUGCGUUCAGCACAAACAUCAAAACCAAACUGACCUUCAGCUGACAUCUACAAAACGCAGUGGCGUAUUUUCACUUUUAUCCCUGUUGGGAAGACCCAUCUGUUUUUGUUUGUCAACAAAUCAUUUAUUCUAAGUAUAUUUUCUAAUUUACAUAACUAACUGCUGCGCAUUUGUGAUUGUGAAAGUGCACUUCUAGCUGAUCUUAUGAUUCAGUAAGUAGAAAGAUUUAGGUCGAAUUUUUGUUAAAUAAUAACAAAAACAAAUCCUAAUCUGUACACGUAUUUUUAAGAAGAAAACAAUUAAUUAGUGACCAAAAAGGUUUGUUUUUGUUUGCCAGAGUAUGUACAAAAAUAUAACGAAUCGAUCUGUGUAGUAUUUAUAGUCUGUUAUCACAUCACAAUAUUGAUAACUACAAUUUUUCUGGAGCACACGUAUUGUUAUUCAUAAAAGAUCGCUGUAUAAUUAAAAGAAUCGACUAAUAGACGCCUGAUUAAUGUUUUAACUUUAUAGAAAGAUGUGUUAAAAGUGAAUAGUCAAGAGGAUAAUGGCUUUACUUUUUAUGAGAAGAUCGAGUCGGACUUUGAAUAAUGUAGCUAGUUUUGGGAUAUUUACAAAGAAGGCAGAUAUUAAUUAUAAGGAUUGCUACAAAAUAUUGGGUAUUGAUGAAACUAGUGAUCAGGAACAAAUACGAAGAGCAUAUUUGAGUCUAGUCAAAAGAUACCAUCCUGAUAGUGGAACAGAUGAAGCUUGUGCAGAGAAAUUUCAACAGGUAGAUAACGCUUUCAAGACUUUAAUUAACAAAAAAUCUAAAGAAAGAUGGGAUGUGGAAGAAGGAGUCAUAGUCAACCCUGAAGAACACCCUGAUAUCAAGCACACGGCCCCUCAACACAGACAAUAUUUAAGCUACGAUGGAAUUGGCUCUGGCACCCCUUUUCAAAGACAAAAACAAUAUUCUAAAUUGCGUGCCAUGCAUGCGGCAGUCAACGUCAUGGAACAUAAAAUACAGAAAGCGGCUGCAGAUGAAAAGGCUGUUUUGGAUAAGAAUAGGAUCCAUGAAACGUGGGAAAAAGUGCCUCUUAAUCAUAAAGUCAAGACAAAACAUGGCGUGGAUAGGCUGGUUGAAGAUCUUAUCCAGGAGUCAAUGUCAAAAGGCGAAUUCAGAAAUUUGAAGGGUGAAGGGAAACCACUGUCUAAUAACCAAAAUAGGAAUCCAUAUGUGGAUUUCAUUACGCACAAGUUGAAUGAGAUCUUGAUCGAAAAUGGCUUCUCCCCGGAAUGGAUCACCCUGCACAAGGAAAUCCAAGACAACAAAACCCGCCUAAGAAACGAUCUUCUCACUGAGCGGAAAUACUUCGGUCCCUACCCUCUCAGUGUUGAGGAGAAUAUCAAAUGGAGUGACCGUGUCUAUAAGUACAAAGAAGAGGUUGAUAAAAUCAACAAAAAAAUCACCCAGUACAAUCUAGUCGUACCUAUUGUGAACAAGCAAAUGUUGCAUAUUCGUUUAGAGAGCGAGGCGCAGAAAGUGUUACUUGACGGCAAAAAUUGCAAUGAAAUAUUGCAAUUUGAUACUAAUAUGGAGAGGAGGAGUGAUAGCAAACCUGUGAUACAAACUAGCUCAUCUGGAGAAGUUACUGUUAAUCUUUUUAGUAUAUUCGAUUGCCUGUUUAAAGGUAAAUAGUAUUUAAUAUUUAUUUUGUGAACAGAUUGUAUAUAAAAGCUGAAUUGUAUUUAUGUUAUUUAAAUUAUUUUAUGUUUAAUUUAUAUGUGUGUAUUAUAUUGUAGAAAAGUUAUUAUAACAUUCAGGUUUGGUUUGACGUCUUAAUAAAUACCUUUUACACUAAUGGAAAACAUUUG